GUAUGUGAGUGUGUGCCUGUGUGUGUGUGUGUGUGUGUGUGUGAGAAAGAGGGAGAAUGGGGGCAGGAUUGUAUAAUGGCAUUAAACUAAUCUCUCUUUCCCCUUCCGUUCCAGAAGUUGAAAAAAAAAAAAAAAAAAAAAAAGUAGCGGUGAAGCACGAGGAGAAAAAGUGAGUGAGGACAAGAGAGCAAAGAGCUGAGGAGAGAGAGCAAAGUGAGGAAGAAGAGGAGAGAAGAUGACCAUUGGCAAGAACGCAAGAAAGAGCUCUGUCCGGAGCUCCAUCCGGGCGCCAAAGUUCCUGGACAAAUCCACCGGCUUCUACGGUCGGCUUGAUGAGCCCGAGACCGCCGGGGAGAAAGAUGUGGAGACGGGAACAGAGGUGGUGGAGAGGUGGAGCGGGAUAGAGGAUGGAGGCAGAGAGGGGCGAGCCGUGAAUGGGACCCCCACGAGCGAGGUGCACAUUUCCAGGGCUGGAGAAAGGCAGGAAUCUGGGGUAUUUGACUUUAAUGACGGGAUGAUGGAGGACGACGGGGAGACUCUCCUCCGGAGGAAACCCAGCCGGCGCAGCAGCAGGUGGAGAAGGAGCUCCAGGAGGAAGCAGAAGGAGGCCAAAACCGAGGAGGACGCACCCGGAGAGGAGAGGCCGAGCCUGGGUUCACAGACUCAGAUCGACACCCCUGUCCUGGAGGUGGAGGCAGAGAUUGAGACCGCGAAGCAGGCGACCGAGGAAGAAGACGGAGGGGAGGGGGGAAGAGGGACAGAGCCUGCACUUGUUCACUUUGAGGUCCGCGAGCACGCCGACGACCAGGUGCUGAUCAGAGACAAGAAGAGGGGGAGAGAUGAGGAGGAGAACGGCCAGGGGGAGGAAGACAGGGAAGGGGAGGAGGAGAGGAGGAUGAGAAUGGAGCAGGAGGAGGGGAUGAAGAUGGUGAAGAGGAACACGAUGAAGAAUUACCGCAAGGCCCUGGACAGAGCGUUUCGCCGCGGUUGGGAGGCCUUCAUCACCAACCUCUACAGCGUCACCCUCACACCCAUCACGUCGUCCACACCUCCGCCAUCCUCGCCUUUGUCGAAGAGGAAGCACUAGCACAACAUCACUUUCAGCACAACAGUUUCAGGAGAACUAAAGAGCUACACUCACUUUCUAAUUUAUAGUAUAUUUACAUAUAUGUGUGUAAAUCAUGGUUAUGCGGUGUUUCCCUGCUACUGAAAAGCUGCCAGUGGAAUCUAAAUGCAGUUUCUGAAGCCUUUCCACUGUCAGACGGAGAGGGAAACGCUACUAUGCAGUGUAUGUAAGCCUAAACAACUGUAAUUAUUAAUGCUGUUUGGUCAGUCUUAAUUACUCAAUAUAAAGUUGACUGCCUUUUCCACACCAUGGUGCCACUCUGCGCCGCACGCUAUGUGCUGGUUUGCACGCAGACUGAGGGUGUUCACUGGGAAUCCUGGAGCUGCUGGUUUCACAUUGAGGCACGUGGUCUUCAGGUGGCCUCUGCACCCCUUCCAGUCACAACCCCUGACUCUAAACACUGAUUGUUGUACGUUGAUUUUACAUUUCAGCCGGUGAGCCCAUCCACAACGAAGAGCUGUGCUGAUUUUCUUUGGUUUAGCACGAUGAAACUGCCAUACUGUUGAUGUGUAACCUAAAGGAAUGGAUUUUUUUUUUUUUUUUCGGGUUAAAUAGCAAUGACUUUUAAGUGGAUGUGUGUUCUUGCCCUGCUCAGCUGUUCUGUAUGUUAAUCAAUGCCAUUUAUUGCUUUCUGGCAGCUAAUCAGUAAUCAGACAUGGCUAAUGAGAAGGGUCCGGCACACACAGACAUUAGGAAUAUUGUGCCGGACCCACACAUGUGCACAUAUUUGUCUUACUGUUAUGUAUUUAUGAUUUUGUCAAGUUUUUACCUACAUCAAUGGACUGAUCUCAUCACACCAAAGCCUUAGCGAGAGGUUGAAACAGGUAAAACAGCUUAACAGCUCAUAGGCAAAAUUCAAGUCUCUCACUGCGUUUUCUGAUGAAGGUUAGUUAACCUGAAGAGACAGGACAGGAAGAUGUGUGUGUGUGUGUGUGAGAGAGAGAGAGAGAGAGAGAGAGAGAGAGAGAGGAAGCGAUAUUAUUCAGCAAGGUUAUAAAAUAAGCAGUAAAUGCACCAGCAGGACCUAUUUGUCUUUUGAUUGCCCCCCUUGCAACUGUAAAUCAAGUUUUACUCAGCAGUAAGCAGCAUCCUGGCCUGGCCUACAGCGAGUAAAAGUCAACACUGAACAUGAGAAUUAGAGUAAAGCUUCAUUUAUAAACUGGCAAUCACGGGGCAUGAAGACUUAAUAUGGUGGUCCAAGAGAUUUCUCAACUUACUGAAUUACAAUGAAGUUAGUGUGUACAGUAGGCUAAUCAUAAUUCUCUGUUAUCUGUUAUGUAUUUGGCUGUCUGAUCAUAUUUUGAUUGCCUUAUUACCAUAUGUCAAGAAGUUGUAUUAAUUUUCUGAGAAUUCUUUUGUAUCCUUAUCAAAUUUUUUAUUGUUGUAGGCUUCUUCUUCUUCUUCUUCUU